UUAGGAUAAAACAAAACAAGAAGAAACGAUAUUCGAGAUCAGAUAAAAGAAAGAAAUAAAGAUGGAUACGUGUUUGAAUAUUGGUGUAAUCAUGUUGCUGUUAUUGUUGCCAUCCACUGUCAAUGCCCAAUACAGUGUCAUUGACGUCACAAAAUAUGGAGCAAAGUCUAAUGGGGAUCUCAGCCAGGCUUUGACAAAAGCUUGGAAUGAUGCAUGCGCAGCAGGAAAACCAACCAGAGUUUUUGUUCCGAAAGCGACUUACUACUUAGGGGCACUGACUUUAAAAGGUCCUUGCAAAGGUCCUGUUGAACUUCAGGUUCAGGGCACCAUAAAGGCACCAGCAGACCCCAGGAAGUUGAAGGAUACUUGGUUCGUUAUUCAAAGUGUCGAUCGCUUCAUUUUGUCAGGCAGUGGGACUUUCGAUGGGCAAGGAAAUUUGGCUUGGAAGCAAAAUAAUUGCAAGAAAACUUCCAACUGCGGACUAUUUGCCACUAGCUUAAGGUUCAACUACGUCACAAACUCACAAAUCCGGGACAUUACAUCCCUGAACAGCAAAUCUUUUCACAUGUUCUUGUUCGGUUGCAAAAACGUCCAGAUCCAACAAGUUACCAUCACUGCACCUGGGAACAGCCUCAACACCGAUGGAAUCCACAUCGGACGUUCUUCUGGGAUCAACAUUGCCGGUGCAAAUAUUGGAACAGGUGAUGAUUGUGUCUCCAUUGGCGAUGGAACCCAAGACACUACUAUCACCAAAGUAAAUUGUGGACCUGGCCAUGGCAUCAGCAUUGGAAGUCUUGGAAAAUACCCCAACGAGCAACCUGUGAGGGGAAUCAAAGUCAUCGGUUGCACCAUUAGCAACGCAAUGAAUGGCGUAAGGAUCAAAACAUGGCCCGCUAGCCCUAGUCCCAACACUGCAGACAAUUUGUAUUUCGAAAAUAUUGCCAUAAAUAAUGUCGAUAAUCCUAUCAUCAUAGAUCAAGUAUACUGUCCAUUAGGCACGAAUUGCAAAGCUCAGCUUCCCUCUAAAGUAAAGAUCAGCAAUGUUAUCUUCAAAAACAUUCGUGGCAGUUCCACCUUGCCAGUGGCUGUCAAGCUUUCUUGUAGCAAGAGCAUGCCAUGUCAGAAUGUGCACCUUGAGAACAUCAACCUUUCAUACAAGGGAUCGGGAAAGGCUAAAUCGAUGUGUCAGAAUGUCAAGCCCUCGUUUUCUGGCACGCAGAACCCUCCUGCUUGUAGAGCUUAAACCACUACUACUUCAUGAUGGUGGCCUGAAUUCAUGUGUACAGCUCAUUAUUUGCGGGCAUUCCUAAUUAAUUAGUAGUAGUACUGUAAAUAAAGCAAGCUCCGGCUAUUGAAAAAAUAAUGGCGCGCGGCAGGUAUAUCAUGUACGUACGUACGUAGCAUUAAUUAAUAUUAUAUAUUAAAGUAGAGUACCUCCUUAAUUAUUCAUGUAAUCGAUGAUGAGCUGUUGAUCUUUAAACUAUAUCAUCAUCAUCAUCAUCAUGUACAGCUUCUGGCUAUGAAUAUAUAUAUAUAUAUGCACCCGGCCCCGUUGGCCGAGCUAGCUUUUCAAUAAUAAAUGUAUAUUCAGUACUUUUGUUCGAAA